AUGGAUAAUACUUUUGGAAAAUCGUUCGCCAAAGCUCAGCAGCUCCAGGGUAUCUCGUUGGGCUCGUUCAUUGCAUCCGUCUCCUUUUCUGCGAUUAUAUUCACACUAGAAGUUCUUUUCUUUCUCAUCAUCCGCAAGCGAUUCCCCAAUUUCUACAUUAUUGUUCCAAAUCAUGAAGAUAAUACUUUCGAAAACUGGAAAAGAUACAUUGCAACCAAUUUUGUUCGAUUUGACUACCGCCACGAGCAUCUCGAUAGAUACUUCUUCCGCCGAUACCUACGAUCACUAGCUCUUAUAUUUAUUCCAGCUUCGAUGCUUAUACCACCCAUUCUUAUUCCUUUGAACUACACCAAAGGGAAGACUUCUGUUCUUGGAGUGAGUGGCCUUGAUACGUUGGGGUGGUCGAAUGUUGGCCUUAAUCAGGUAGAUCGUUACUGGGCUCAUCUCAUCCUUGGCUUGCUUUUUAUCGUACAUGUUUGCUGGGUUAUUUGGAACGAGCUUGCAUUUUACGUUUCAACCCGGCAACAUUCACCAUACUCGGCUUUGUGCACAGUGCUCAUCGAAUCCAUACCCGAUGAUUGGAUGCCCGAAAAGGCACUCACAUCUCACCUCGAUAUCUUCCCUGGCGCAGUUACUACGAUUUCUUUCAAUCGUGACUAUAACUUACUUUCUCGGUUAGUAGAGAGACAGGAACGCUUAGCUCGAUCACUGGAGAUAGAGGAGAUUUCCCGGAUAAGAAAGACCUACAGGGCGGGCGUUCAGAAACGAAGCAAAAAAUCGAACCUUACCAAAAGACCUGGACACUUAAGCCACAUAUCACACAACCUUUCAAACCUAUUUAAUUGGCUAUUACGUGAAAAAGUGGAUAACAGUAUAGUGUAUCGGGAGGAACUUCUUAAAACUAGUGAAGAGAUGGCAUUUCAUCGGGCAGCGUUGGAGAAAUUUCCGCUAUUGAGAUCUGCCUUUGUUACCUUCACCAAUCCGCUAGCCGCCAACAUGGUGUGUCAAACAGUGAUCCAUACCAGCUCAGGUUAUAUGACACCCCGCACAAUGCCUUUAUCCGUGGAAGAUGUUGUAUGGAGCAAUGUUAACAUUACCUGGAGAGACAGAACUAUACGCACUGUCCUCUCGAACACCCUUAUCAUGGUGACGGCGACUGCUUGCGUUAUACCAGUAGCGCUAGCAGGGCUUCUCUCCCAGAUCAUUUACAUCACUCGGGCGGUACCUUGGCUGAGCUGGGUCAACGAACUUCCAGAAUCCCUUCUGGGUCUACUCCAGGGUGUUUUGCCUCCCACAUUAGUGGCCAUCUUGACGAAAGGAUUUGUCGUCGCAUUAGAAUACUUUGUUCGAAAGCAGGGAAUCUCUUCUGAGAGCCACAUUGACCUCAAGAUUCAAGAUUAUUACUUUUAUUUCCUCUUUAUCCAAGUUACUCUCUUAGUCUCGUUGUCUGCAGGACUUACUGCUAUCGCGAACGAGAUUACGAAUGAAGCUUCGCUGGCUGAAACACUGGCUAAGAAUCUGCCAAAAGCAAGCAACUACUUCCUGUCCUAUAUUCUCUUGCAGGCCCUUUCAGUUAGCGCCAACUCUCUGCUGAGAUUUGAUCACUUGAUAGGAAACUUCGUACUUGGCCCGGUCUUUGACAAAUCAGUAACUCAGAUGAUGAUACGAAGAAGGGGCCAAGACCUUCAAUGGGGAACUUUUGUACCUGUAUUUACAAAUCUCUCCUGCAUCGGAUUUCUCUACGCUACAGUACUAGGUCAAAAGUUUCGCAAUUUAGCCGACAGCCGGCCACCACCAAAACUCAACUCCAAUGCUUUGAUACGCGAUAACUCCACCAAAACUGCAUAA